GUUUUCCCCUCAAAUCAAUUUUCUCACGCUGCUAUUCCCCUAAUAGCAAUAAGUCAGUCUGUAUCAUAAUUUUAGCAUUUUAAGGCAUUAGAAGACAUAAUCAUUGAGGAUGUCAAACAAUAAACCUGCAAUUGGACAGCCAGCUCCACGAAAGGAAUUCCCACUUGUUCCUAAGAUUAUGAAUGGAGGAAUUGCAGGAAUUAUUGGUGUAAGUUGCGUUUUCCCACUUGACCUUGUGAAGACCCGCUUACAGAAUCAGCAAAUUGGCCCAAAUGGCGAGAAAAUGUACAAAAAUAUGCUCGAUUGUUUUAAGAAAACAUAUAGAGCUGAGGGAUAUUUUGGAAUGUACCGUGGAUCUGCCGUCAAUAUCCUUCUUAUUACACCAGAAAAAGCUAUCAAACUUGCAGCUAAUGAUUUCUUUAGGUAUCACUUAACAAAAAAAGAUGGUUCAUUGCCAAUUGUACGACAAAUGGCUGCUGGUGGAUUGGCUGGAUUAUGUCAAAUUAUUAUUACAACUCCAAUGGAAUUACUUAAAAUUCAAAUGCAAGAUGCUGGUCGUAUUGCGGCUCAAGCUAAACUGGCAGGAAAGGUUGUCCAAAAAACCUCAGCUACGUCAAUUACUCUUCAAUUGUUAAAGGAAAAGGGAAUCAGUGGAUUAUAUAAAGGAACAGGAGCUACAGCUUUACGAGAUGUGACAUUCUCAGUCGUUUAUUUCCCAUUAUUUGCAACUCUCAAUCAAUUAGGUCCAAGAAAGGCUGACGGAAGCGGUGAAGCUGUUUUCUGGGUUUCAUUCUUGUCUGGAUGUGUCGCUGGUUCUUCUGCUGCCUUAUUUGUCAAUCCAUUUGACGUAAUCAAGACACGUCUUCAAGCACUCAAGAAAGCGGAAGGAGAAAUGGCAUUCAAUGGAAUUGGAGAUUGCAUAACCAAAACACUCAAGCACGAAGGAAUAACAGCAUUCUUUAAAGGCGGUCUAUGCAGAAUGAUUGUCAUUGCUCCAUUAUUUGGUAUCGCACAAACGGUUUACUUUUUGGGUGUAGCUGAAAAGAUUUUAGGCGUUCAAAAGACUCAAUAAGAAUCUUCAGGUCAUUAUUCAUCAUUCAAUUUGAAUAAACCUGUACUAAAAAAAAGAUAUGAAAAGCUUCAGACCUGAAAAACAAACUCCACAAUAUACUUGACUAAUCAGUAACGCAGUAACGAUUUAGUAGAAAUUAACAUGCUUUUCAAUUAUAUAUUUUUUUAUUUAAACAUCAAUUAUCUUCUCUACAGUAUUUUUUAUGUUCUUCUGCCUUUAGAAAGAGUGAAAAAAACCCACAAUCAGUAAAAGACUAGUAUUUAUGCAUAUAAUGAAUUUGUAGAUCAUCAGAAUUGUGCAUUGUAAAUCUUAUUUAUGUUUUGUGUUUUGUUGAUACAGUCAGACUGUUUUCUGUUAAUCUAUAAAUUGAAUCUUUGACUAUUGCAACAUAUAUUUAUGAUAUUUUUCUUGUCGUUUUCCUCAAAACCUAAAAAAGACCUGUAGUAGCUUAUGACGUACAAGGGAGGGAGUUGGGUAUAGGCAUAAUUUUAAAUCAAUUAGCACCCAUUUUUCAGAUUGGGGUAUAUACGUCAUUAACAGAUUUAGAGUAUUGCGAACAUGCAAUCGGAAAUAAUGUUUAAGGUUUGAAUUAGAUUGAAACUAUUUGAAUAUAAUAAGUGUUGAAAUUUUGAACGUAAAUAAUCAGAGAUUAGAAAAAAAAAUUAUGUUUAAAACAAGCACUAGAGAAUUUUACCCAAAUCGAAGACAAUAAUGUUUAAAAAUAUGUAUGAAUAAUUGUUUAAGCCAAAAAAAAAAAAAUAUCAACGAGAAAAAAAACUGAAUGUGUUAUAAAUAUCUGUAAAAUUUUACUCCUACUAUUUUGAAUAGUUCUGUUUCACUUUGUGUUCAAUUGAUACAACUAGUAAAGUCUAAUCUAUUGUAUCAAUUUUUUUUGUUAAAAAGUUUAUAUUUUAUAAUUUUUUGCCUUUUUUAGUUGCAUUUAAAAUAAAAAUAAAGGAUGAUGAAAUAGAG